UUUACUCUCACCCUUUGCACCUUGAAAAGUUUUCUGUUUCCCCAGCGCUCAGCUGUCACAGGCAUGCUUUAUCUGUCAUUACGGCAAACCAUCCGGCCCCUCCUCCUCAGGGUUUCAGGAUGUCUGGGCCGAGAGGGGCGGGUCACAGCGGAGUCGUGCAGGCGAGGCCUCAGCAGCGGCUGGACAGGGCAGGAGACCUUGGCCCAGGACGACCCAGAGAUGUGGAGCCUCCUGCAGCAGGAGAAGGACAGGCAGUGUCGGGGGCUGGAGCUGAUCGCAUCAGAGAACUUCUGCAGCCGUGCAGCGCUCGAGGCUCAGGGCUCUUGUCUGAACAACAAAUACUCUGAGGGAUAUCCAGGACAAAGGUACUAUGGGGGUGCAGAGAUCGUUGACAAGAUUGAGCUGCUUUGUCAGAAGCGAGCCCUCCACGCCUUCGGUCUGGACCCAGAUCUGUGGGGCAUCAACGUCCAGCCGUACUCCGGAUCCCCCGCUAACUUUGCAGCCUACACAUCUGUACUGCAGCCCCAUGACCGCAUCAUGGGCCUGGAUCUGCCAGACGGAGGACACCUUACCCAUGGCUACAUGACAGACACCAAGAGAAUCUCAGCCACUUCCAUCUACUUUGAAUCGAUGCCUUACAAGCUGAAUCCCGAAACAGGUCUGAUAGAUUAUGACGAGCUGGAGAAGACAGCCCGACUCUUCAGACCCAAACUCAUCAUAGCAGGAACCAGCGCCUAUGCUCGACUCAUCGACUACCCUCGCAUGAAGAAGCUGUGUGUGGAGCUUAAUGCCUACCUGCUGGCAGACAUGGCUCACAUCAGCGGCCUGGUGGCAGCAGGAGCUGUUCCUUCUCCUUUCCCGCACGCUGACCUGGUCACCUCCACUACCCAUAAGUCCCUGCGUGGAGCGAGGGCCGGUCUGAUCUUCUACCGGAAAGGUGUGCGGUCUGUGGAUAAGAGGGGUCGGGAGGUGACCUAUGACCUCCAGGACAGGGUGAACUUUGCCGUGUUUCCAUCUCUUCAGGGAGGACCACACAACCACGCCAUUGCAGGGGUGGCCGUCGCCCUUAAACAGGCUUCCACUCCCAUGUUCAAACAGUACAUUGCUCAAGUGCUGCUGAAUACCAAGUCCAUGGCUACUGCUCUGCUGAAGAAAGGCUUCACGCUGGUGUCAGGUGGAACAGACAACCACCUGGUCUUGGUUGACCUUCGACCCCACGGGAUGGACGGGGCUCGAGCUGAGAGGGUUCUGGAGUUGGUGUCCAUCACCGCCAACAAGAACACCUGCCCCGGAGACAAGAGUGCUCUCACUCCAGGAGGCCUCAGGCUCGGAACUCCAGCUCUCACCUCCAGACAGUUCAAGGAGGCAGACUUUGAAAAGGUUGUUGAGUUCAUUGAUGAGGGGAUUAAGAUCGCACUGGAUGUGAAAAAGAAGACUGGAAAUCUGUCCAGCUUCAAGUCCUUCCUGCUGGAGGACCAAGAGACAGUGUCUCACAUCGCGGAGCUCCGCCAGCGGGUGGAGCUCUUCACCAGACCCUUCCCCAUGCCCGGAUUCCCUGACCACUGAUAACACAUCACAUAGAAAGGCAGUAAUACUCUUUUGAUGACGCUGCCAUGGAAACAAGCGUUGCUUCAAAACAGGUUUGCAUCAUCUGAAAGUGUUGUCAGUGGUCAGCAUCAGCAUCAGCAGCCCUUUCUGCACACAGUUCAUUUUCCAGUCAACUAUCUGCAUUAUCUGCCAAAUAACAAUAAAACCACGGAUCAAAGCAUGACAACAAAAACACACUGCAAAGUGCAGUGAAAAAAAAAAGUGUUUAUCAAUGUAUUUGUCAGCAAUUCUAACUCCUCUUGUUAGGCAUACAUACGUAGAGGCUGCUGUACAAACAGAUAAUGAAUGAUGAUAUAGUAAAACACAACAGAUUUAAUACAAUAAAAUAUGUGAUCAUAGGAGAAGUUAUACUUGUUGACAAAUAUUACAACUAGUAUAUUGUAAACCGUUUAUAUAAAUGCUAAAUGUUGGGGACUAAGUCAAGUGUGAUCUAAAUGUAAUUUUAACAUCACACAUUUCGUGUCAACAAUUCAUUUCAUUUUGACAAAUUAUAACAGUGAUUUGCUAAGUUCUAAUAUGCAGCUUUGGGAAAUUAUGUUUGAACCUGCUAGAUAUGUAAAUGAGUGGUUUUGCGCAUAUAAUGAUGAGGUUUAUAAUGAUGAUGCUUUCCAUUAAGACUGUUUAUAGUGGCCAGUAACGUAGUUAAUACAUUAACAGCUCUGCACUCGCUCUGAUACGUUCCAGCCUUCUCACACUGUUGUUUUCUGCUCCAAGCCGAGAAAGGACCAUAAGUGUUCAAGGUAUUUGGCGUUUGUUCAUGAAGCAGUAUUUAGAGCCCUUAUCAACGCCAGGCUUUGUCCAAGGCUGGGAACUUACAGCAGCUGUGUUGGGAAUUGAACACAAGUUCAGUUUGAACCCACAAAACCAAAAAUAAAUGGAAAGACAGUAACGCAGCGCAAACUUUGUUUUCAGGCUUUUUUGAAUAACAUACUAUAUCUCCUUCAAUAUUUGUGAAUAUUGUACAAUGUAUAUAUAGGCUACAGUGAUCUUCUUCAUUGCAAUAAAAAUUGAUCCUCAA